AUGGAUACGGCCGACGUUUUUCAAACACUCGGCCUCGGCAUCAACUUUGACAAGAGACGCUUCGGCAAGGACAUUGCCCUUUUUGAGGGCAGCUCGGGGCUCAAGGGUACUAGUAAGACUUCAAUUGAUCGUGAAGGCGACGAUGAAGCCACAUUGGAUGCCACAGCCCGGCCGGGUCUCUCCCGGGGGGGCGCCGAGGGUGCAGGCCCCCCCUCGGAAGCCUCCACCCCGGCCUUCCUGGACAGCCUGCCCCACGUCAGCACGCGCGACCCAAACGAGGAGGCCAACGUCAUCCGCAAGCUGCACCACAUCCGCGUGUCCGGCAGCCUGCCCCCACCCCCCCUGCGCACCUUUGCCCAGCUGGCGUGUGAGGGGGAGGGCAGGGGCGACCCGCGGCCCUCCCGCCUCCUGCGCAACCUGGCCGGCGCGGGUUUCCUGGAGCCCACCCCCAUCCAGCGCCAGGCCAUCCCUGCCCUGCUCGCCCGGCGCGAGCUGCUGGCCUCGGCGCGUGUGCUGGCCCUGCUGCUGCCGGGCCUGGGCCUGCGCGCCGCGCUGCUCUCCAAGGCCACCGCCGCCGGCACCGACUUUGCGCGCGUGGACGUGCUGCUGGCAAACCCGCUGCGCCUUGCCGCGCUCGCCGGCGGCCAGGGCCAGGGGGCUGGCGGCCGGGAGGCCGAGGGGCAGGCGCCGCCGAGGGGCGAGGAGCCGCGGAGCGGCGCGGAGCGUCAACCCCAUCAACACCCCCCCGGCGAGUUGUCCGGCACACGAGUUCCAGCAUCUCGCGACCCCCCCGAUACCACACAGCCCCGCCGGCUGGACCUGAGUCAGGUGCGGACCCUGGUGCUGGAUGAGGCGGACAAGCUCUUCGACAUGGGCUUCACGCCGCAGGUGGAUGCGGUGCUCGCCGCGGCCACACACCCCGACCUCGUGCGCGCGCUCUUCAGCGCCACCCUGCCCGAGACGGUGGAAAGCAUGGCGCGGAGCGUGCUGCACGACCCCCUGCGCAUCACGGUGGGGGAGCGGGGCAACGCCUCGGCCGCGGUGACCCAGGCCCUGCAGUUCGUGGGCCGGGAGGCUGGCAAGGCACUGGCGCUGCGCCAGCUGCUGGCGGGGGGUGUCAAGCCUCCCAUCCUGGUCUUCGUGGCCAGCCGGGAGCGCGCCAAGGAGGUGCACAGGGAGCUGCGCUUCGACGGCGUGCACGUGGACUGCAUCCACUCGGACCAGAGCGAUGCCGCGCGGGGCGCCGCCAUCGCCAGCUUCCGCAGGGGCAGCACCUGGGUGCUGAUCGCCACCGACCUGCUGGGGCGCGGCAUGGACUUCCCGGGGGUCAACACCGUGGUCAACUACGACUGCCCCCGCUCCACCACCGACUACGUGCACCGGGUUGGGAGGACCGGGCGCGCCGGGCGAGCAGGGUCGGCGAUCACCUUCUUCACGGAAGAGGACGUCAAGUACCUGCGGGGCAUCGCCAACGUUGUACGGGCGUCGGGCUCCCCCGUCCCAGACUGGAUGCUGGCGCUGAGGAAGGAGCGGCGGCGGAAGCGCUCCGACCCGGAGCAGGCGGUUGCGCUGGAGGAGGGCGACGUGGCCGCUGACGGUGACGCUGCGAUGGAGGGAGGAAGCUCGCAGAAAGCCACCGCCAAGCCGGCCAGGGAGGUGCGAACCAGGCCGAAGAAGGCAAAGAAGGAGGAUGGGUCCACAGAACAAGCCGCGCCUGAUCGGCCCAAGGCCGCCCACAAAAAACCUAAAAAGUCCUGA